GUGAGUGCGCCCCUCUCUCUCACACAUGAACCAUGCACUGCCUCUGGACCACAGCACUUUUACAAACCCUCAUUCACUGCCUUUUGUUCCACAUAGGAAUCUUUGAUAAAGCCUCAGCGUUCAGCAUUAAGGACAGCAGGGAGGGGACGGAGGAGCUCCAUCCGGAUGAAGUGGCUCAAUGGUGGGGUGAAUGGAGCAGCUGGUCGACCUGUAGUUGGACGUGCGGAGGAGGCGUUCGCUCACAGGAGCGUCACUGUCUGCAGCAGAGGCUCACUACUACACACAACAUCAACAGCUCCUUCUGUGCUGGAUCGCCUAAGCGGUAUCAGUUGUGUACUAACCAGCCAUGCCCCAAUAGCAGAAUCAGCUUCAAGCAGCACCAGUGCUCCCAGUUCAACUCCAAAGCCUUCAGCAGGAAAUAUUAUGAGUGGAUUCCCCUCUAUCCAGAUGAUUACAUCAGCAUUUCCAGCAAGCCAUGUGACCUGCAGUGCACCACCACCACGGGAGAGAGACAGCUAUUGGUUCCGGCACACGAUGGGACCUUCUGUAGGCAUGGGGUCUACAAGGGCGUCUGCAUUGAGGGCCAGUGCCAGGUGGUGGGGUGUGAUGGGAAACUGUAUUCUGGUAAAUCUGUAGACAAAUGUGGCAUCUGUGGUGGAAGCGGUGACACCUGUUACCGGAUCUCAGGAUCUUACCGGAAGGGGAUCACACAGUUAGGUUAUGCAUUUAUAACUAAUAUACCUGUCGGAGCCACGGACAUUCAGAUCGUUGAGCGGCGAAAGACUGAAAACAUCCUGGCUCUUUCAGAUGAAGCUGGCCACUUCUUCUUCAAUGGCAACACUGUAAUCGACAAUCCACGCAACUUCCCCAUAGCAGGAACAGUGUUUAAGUACCGGAGGCCACUUAACCUCUUCUCAGACGGCUUUGAGUACAUCAUGGCCCAGGGUCCUACCCAGCAGGGCCUGAACGUCAUGUAUUACAACCUUAAUGGAAAGAUGCCUCACAUCACAUACGAGUACACGGUGCCUCGAGUGUUCUCCACCCCAGCAUCAUCUACCCAGCAGCAGCCUCCACUGAGCAGCAUGAUGGCCAACGCUUCAUAUUCACGGCUUCCCAUUAUCGGGAAUGAGGUUGAGGCUCGCAGUGAGAAUGGGGAGGAAGAGAAGAACCAGAGUACGCCUGUUGAGCAUAAGGGGAGGAUGGAAGCACGGGAAGAUGUUCGUUGGGAGCAUCAGGCUCCUUGUAACCUCAGUAAAAACCCUGACGUGGUGCGCAUUAGAGUGCCUGGAAAGGUUCUUCGUAAUGAGCUCGGAAAGCAGGAUGGACUCGGUUCCAGAUUUAACCGGAUUGAAGGCGACUCCUCUAGUGUGACUAAUGAAACCCAGCUCGUGGCAAAGAGUGUGAAGAGCAAGCUGCAUAAGCCGCAGCCUUGCGCAGAGAGCGCAUCUGUCUUGGCCUGCUCCACUCUGAAGCUGAACCAGAGCUCGUCUGUGAAGAACAGCCUGGCUCUGCAGAUCCACACGACGAGCCAGAGAGAGCCAGAGUUUAAGCCUGAGUCGAACAGCACAUCACAGCACAGAGCGCAACUUCUCCCACUCCAGCAGGGGGCACCAGAGCGCCUCACACUCACUGACAGUAAUGAGUUCGAGGUGGUGUCUCUGGACCAUGAUGUUAGUCUGGCAGGCGUGUACAGAUGGAAGGUAUCUGCGUACGCACCGUGCAGUUCAACUUGUACUACAGGUAUCAGCACAGCGUUUGCUUUGUGUGUAAAAUAUGAUGGUUCUGAGGUUGAUGAGACUUACUGUGAUGCUUUGACUCGACCUGAGCCCACAUACGAGUUCUGCACAGGCAGAGACUGUUCACCCAGAUGGGAGACAAGCCGCUGGAGCGAGUGCUCUCGAACAUGCGGUGAGGGUUUUCAGUUUCGGACAGUGCGCUGCUGGAAGAUGAUGGCACCGGGCUUCGACAGCUCUGUGUAUGACGAUCUGUGCCACGCUGUCGAGCUGCACAAGCCCAUGGUACGCAAAUCCUGCAGGAGCAAAUCCUGCGGCCCCCAGUGGGAAGUUUCGGACUGGUCUGAGUGCUCAGCACGAUGUGGGCGGCGCGGUGUGAGAAGCAGGGAGGUACGGUGCUCCAUGGACGCUCAUCUGUGUAACGAAUCCACACGGCCUAUCAGUCAAAGGGAGUGUGACGGACCCCCAUGUGACCUCAGGUGGACUGUCACGGACUGGAGCCCGUGCUCAGGCCCAUGUGGAGAAGGCCGCAUGAUGCGUUACGUGGUGUGUAAAAGCGGGAAUGGGAAGGUGAUCUCAGAUGGUCACUGUGAUCGGGAGCUGAAGCCCCUCGCCGUACAGCCGUGUGGAGCCCCAGACUGCUCCUCACACUGGGUGGAGCAGGAGUGGGAACAGUGUAACGCGACAUGUGGACGCGGGGUAAAGAGCAGGCAGGUGCUGUGUGCUGGGCUCGAAGCAGGUGUGUUUAAAGAGUUUCCUGAUCACGUGUGUGCUCAUUCACCCAAACCCGAUGAGAAAGCUGCGUGCUUCGAGAGGCCUUGCUUGAAAUGGUUCACCACCUCCUGGUCUCAGUGCACUAAGACAUGCGGGAGUGGAGUGAGAGUAAGAGAGGUGAGGUGUUAUCAGGGGGAGGAGAUCGGCCAAAGCUGUGACUCCACACUAAAACCUCAGGCCAGACAGAGCUGUGAGGUACAGCCUUGUCCUACUGAGGCACCAGCAGAAGAUGUUUGUGAGGACAAAGUUACAGCAAACUGUGCACUGGUGCUGAAAGUAAAGCUCUGCACACACUGGUACUACAGAAAGGCCUGCUGUCUCUCCUGUAGGACCAAAGGUCACUAAAGAGCUGCUGAACCCUAACUGGGCCAUUCCACUCGAUGUGAAGAACCCCAAAUGUACAUAUAUACACACACACACACACACACACACACAGAAACCUGAAUCUAAACUCUCAUUUAAGACCCUACUAUCCCCCCCAAACAUUUUAUGCAGAACAGAGCACCUCAACUGGUUACCUACAGUCUAACCUAUUACCUACAAAUGCUAUUACUCUAUAGCUCUAACCUAAUUAAAAUUGAUGCAGCUCUAAUAGCUAUUCUGAUUGGUCCCUUGAAGGAUUCCAAUCCACAAGCUACACUGACCCAUUUUGUUUCAAAAUUAAUUCAAAUAUAGUCACUCAGAAAAAACACUAAAAUGUAGUGUAUGACAAUAGUAAUGACUGGUGACUGUGUAUAUACUAAUCCUGUUUUUAAGAUAUCCUUUUUUAAAUCUUUACCUCAAGAUAUUUUCGUAUGUUCUGCUCAAAAUCCAACACUGUAAAUCCUAAAAUACAGCAUUUACGUGCUACAUUACACCUCUACAAGCUAAACCUUACGCAAAAAUAUUUAAAAACACCGUACACAACCCCCGAAACUGGCCCUAGCCUAAUCCCCUUAGCAUAAUAAUAAAGACGAGGCAUGAGACAGGGCAUGACAUUUCUCAUGCUCUUAGAUCCUGCAUUCGCACCACAAAGGUAAGCUAAUUGCAGUGCUCCAGUCCUAUAAAUGUAAGUCUACUGUAGCUAAUUUCCUACAAGGAUAAUCAACAAGCUAGUGUCUAACCUGUCUCCAGACUGCACUGUAAUGAUGAUACCCUUAUACUAUCAACUAAUAUGUUGCUUAUGAAGUACAUCAAAUCGGUACCUCUAAUCACUUAUACCUAAAUCCUAAACUAAAACUAAACACUUUCUCCAUUGUGAACCUAACCAGUUCUAUUUAAUUGUCUCAUACUCGGCACACUGAACCCCAACACUACACUUUAAGCUGUAUCUCUAAUCUGUAUACAUAUGGUGCUAUACUUCGUGGGGAUGUUCUCAUCAGACCCCUCAGGCAGCUCCCCUCACUGCACAGGCUGUUCCUGAUCCACAGAGACGCUGUUUUUAUUACGAGCGUACGGAACAUGCCACUCUCUUGUACUGUAACACUGAUUCACUGACACACUUUUCAUAUUUGUACAAAGUUUCUUGUUUUUAAGCUAUAAGUGUUUAUGGUGACCUGGAAUAGAGGUAAAAGGAAAAAAAAGAAAUAAAGUGAUUAUUGUUUA